CACCGCCUCCCCCCCGGUACGCACAGAGGAGGGGGACCCAGCCGCCGGCCGCCCCAUCGCUACGACCCCUUGCUUUCGCAGAGCAGCGGCCGGCCGUGCCCGGAGCCGGACUUCUCCGGGGGCCAGAGCUGUGCUCGCCCCUGGCCCGUCCCCGCCGGGGUUUCCAAGGAGACGUGGGCCGCCGUCUGCGCCGCGGAGCCGCCCGAGCACGGCCAGGGCCGGCGGGAGGCGCGGCCGCCGGGCCCGCUCUUCGCCCCCGAGCUCGUUGUCCAGGAGGAGGCGUGGCGGGGAGACCAGCUGUCCUCCCAGCUCUACAGGAACAAGCAGCUUCAAGAUACUUUGCUUCAGAAGGAAGAGGAACUUGCUAGGUUACAUGAAGAAAAUAAUAACCUCCGACAAUACCUGAAUUCUGCCCUGGUUAAGUGUUUAGAAGAAAAAGCUAAGAAAGUGCUAUCCUGCCAUGGCCAAAAAACCUCUACUAUUCUCAAAAACACCAAAAGGAGAUUAAAAGAGGACUACUGCUUUGCUCUUCAAGAAACUCCUCAUGCUUCUAAAGCUAGAAGGAACCUCUUUGAUGAAUUCACUGCCUGUGAAGAGCAAGCCAGCCCUGCUGUGGACAGCUGGGUCUUGGAGACUUUAGGAUUAAAAGAUGUCAACACCAUUGAUGAAUCUUCAGCUAACUACAGUGCCUUGACCUCAGACCUUGGAAAAGACACAUACUGCCUUAGCCCUGGUGAAACCAUCAACUAUGAUCACAGUGAAGCAGUGGCAGCAGCAGCAGCAGCAUACAGCUGCAGCCACAUGCCUCCAGCUAACAGUACCCAUCCAUGCAGUGAGGACUCUUCCUUUCUUUCUCAGUUUCCUUCAGCACCACACACCUCCUCACCAGAGCCAAGCAUUUCCUCCCUUCCAGCCUAUGAGUUGCCAUAUUUGACUAACGAUUUGUCACCUAACAAAACAGAAGUGGCCUUCACAACAUUUCUCAGUCCUCACCGCAAUGUGAGAACACACACCUUCCACCAAGGACAAGCUUUUGUGCGCAGAGAUGAUGAUGGAGGAUGGAGAUUCACCUGGGUGCCCAAACAGGCUGAAUAAGGCACCUGUGGUAAGGGUCAGCCACAGGGGAUGUAGGAAAUAGACACUUCAUCAUGUGCUCAAGUUCAGCCAGCAGAAAUAAGUCCUUCUGGGCUCUGUUAAAUGCUACUGUUACACACAUGCUCAUUGUUCCCUCUCACAUCUUCACAGGUAUGGCUCCAGAUCACAGUGGGACACACAUCUGCCCUAGGCCAGAUGUACAGACAGGACAUACUUCUCUUGUGCCUGUGUUGAGAGGCAUGCUUUUUCUUGCAUUGUGUUUUUUUCUGUCAUCAGCUAUUCCUUGUUAACUGAUGAUCACCAGCCUUGACUUCUUUCAGCACUGAUGAUUGCUCCCACAUUCAGAGCGGAAGGGAUUGGAGAUUACACUUUGGAAACAGCAUCUCUCUGACAUUCACAGAUGACAAAGAUGGCAUAAGUCUCUGGCUGAGGAUCAGCAGUGUCUGAGUGAUUUGGGUCUCUCUUAGCUACAUAGACUGCCUUGGAUUAAGGCAACCCAUGCAUUUUCAUUCACGUGUUACACUAGGAUGAGCGACUCACAGUCGCAUGGUGCUGUCAUUUUUUGAGGGCACUUCAAAAAGAGAAGACUUGCUUCUAUUGCCUGGAGGCUACAUAACUGCAAGUGAUUCAUCAAAUUUAGGAGAUCUUCCUCUGCUGUGAUUAAAAGUGUUUUUUAUGCUAUGCCUUCAAGGUCUUUUAUCUGCCAGAUAAAUGAAGUUUAAGAAGUUAGACCCCUGUUUCUCACCAGCUUAAGCUACAGAACAAGAACUAGAUUUAGAGAUGAAGUUAGAGUAGUGACGUUACCACCAUCAGCCAAGGCCCUGGCCCAUUAUAUUUGCGGCAGACAUUUUCUCAUCCGUGGUUAAUGCACACUCAGAGCACUUCUUUUGCAAUGGAUGCAUUCCCCUCAGCUGCAGCACCCCACUAGCCAUUUCACUGAUUUUCUUUCCCCUUCACCAGCUUAAUACUGGAUGCUUUCAUAGAAGGCGGCCACUCCUCGCUUCAGAAGUACUUUGUACGGCUUCAGUUGGUCUGUUUUGCACUUGUGAAACCAGAAGUUUUGUUUCUAGGGAACAACUUGUUGACAUUUUUGUCCUGAUUUAUGAGAUCAUACAGAGAUUUAACUGAAGUCAACAUCAGCCCAGAGUUAGGACUGCUUCCUCUUUCCAUUGUACCUUUCAUGCUUCCUAUGGGAAAUGUUUACAUUUCUCCAGGCUUGGGAAAGCAGUAUCACACAGUGGUUAGUGUUUGGAAACCACAACCUUCAGCACCAUCUCUUACCUCUCUAUGUCUAUGUCAGGCAGUAGUGACCUGUAGCUAAGACUAUGACUGCCUUAAGGAUGCUUUAAAGCCUCUGGCAAGAAGGUGCUCCAGCACUGCACAGGAUUUUUUUUUUUUUAAUACUACUAACUGUAUGAAGUCAACUGACAUGAAGUUCACUGGUAAUGUUUCAUAUUACCUUUGUUUUCUGCUAUAUAGUAGUUUGAUACUUAAGUAUCAGAAAUGAAGGGAGCAGUUUGAUUAUUCUGGCUUUCAGAAUGGCCCCAGUAAGAUAAGGAAGUACUCACAUAAGUUAAAAAUAACCAUAUGUGGGCAUUUCCUUCCAGUGGGCAUAUUUUUUUUGUCCUAUAGAGAACUAGGGAUUUUAUUUUUGAAGGAUAAAAGUAUCUCUUGUGUCUUAGGAUUGCAGUAUUUGGGAUUCUCCAUGUAGUGCCUUCCCAAAAGACUUAAAUAACUGUAUUUCUCUGUAGUUACUUUGAAGUCAUAGGGCGAACUCCGAGAAGAGCUAAUUUGAAAGUAUUGAUUGUAGGCAGUAUUGCACUGAAUUACAAAUACCACCACUACAUAUGGAAUAAAUACAGUAAUUUGUUCCGGGCUUUUGUUGUAGUCAGUAAAAAUGUGGCCAGCUGGUAAAUCUGGUCAGACAAGACCGCUGUUUCUAUAGCACUUUUCUGUAUUCAAAUGGAAGCAGAAGAAAAACUGUCCUACAAACAGCUAAUUUCUUUCUCAAGACAGUUCUUUUCUACUAAUCUCCUCUUGCCUUACCUUAUAAGGUAGCACUGAAGAAAAUGCUUGUCACUGGAGUUUUUAUUGGUGCAUAUGACUGUAUAGAAAACGCCUGAACUUGACUUGAAUAAGCGAUGGGAAACCUUGUUUUGUGUGGUGAUGUGGGAUGAACAGCAUAUAGCAAAUAGACAGUGUGACCAGAGAAUUGCCCUCAACAUAGCUGUAGAUACCUUGUCUUCCAAAGCAGCUGUAAAACUUUACUUGGGAAAGUUCUAUAUAUUUUAAUGCUACUGGAUACUAUUGCUGAUGUGUUUGAAUGCUAUCUGUGAACAGCAGUAGCAAAUACAUUAUUUGUUCUGUCAGCAAACAUUUAAUCAGGCUUUGUUUUCUCUAAAGAGAGAAAUAUUUAUCCAUUUGACAUUUCAUUUCCACAUUUUUCAAAUCACUUCAUGGGAAAACUUCUGCAAAGAACCAACACAAAGCUGUCAGAUCUUUGAUACAACCCCAAGUAGGGUUUCAGUGGAACCAAACAAUUCUUGUACCUUUAGAGCAUUUUGUAAAAAGAUGGCUGGUCCUCUUGUCUCAUAGCAAAUAAACUACAGAAGAAAGAACAUAGUUCAGUUAAUUAUUUACCUGAAUGUAUCCUCUUUGUUUGCUGUGAGCUCCUGAGUUUUGCUCAGCAUGAAGGUAUAGAUCUUGGGGCAGGGAUUUCUGUCUGAGCUUGGUUUACUGGAGCUCAUCUGGGCAGAGAGUCCCAUGGUGCUACUCCUUGUUUGCACGUACAAACAAAGUUCUGGUUUGGAUACCUGGGUGAGAAAAGGUGUUUGUCAUCUGCUCCAUGGGAACAGUACUGCUGAUUGCUAUAGUGGAAGGAACACACUGGAAAGGGAACAAGAGACACACAAACAAAUAAAGGGUUAUUUUUUCUUUUCCCGUAACAGCAUCAUUUUUUGAGUAUAAUGAUCACUCAUUUCCUGAGUUACAUAUAAGCUACUCUGGCACCAGGGCACAAUAAGCAGGUCAGCCCCCAGAUGAGUACUGCAAUUCUUUCACUUCCUUAUUACUCUAUAAGCAGAAUGGGUUCUGAUAUCAGCUCUGGUAUGCCUGUUUGUUUUCAUGCUUCUAUUUCUACAUCAUGGACCAGUUCCUAACAGUUUAAUGAGAAAACAUGAUUCUUGCUGCUGCAAACUGUGUGAGAAGUUCCUUCUUGCCCAGGAGCAGCCUCAGGCAUGUUAGUGUCUAGGAUAGGGAAGCCUGACGGGGAGGUUCUCUGGACAAUGGUGAACUUCAUUAUCUGUAAAUAUCCAUUUUGUAUUAACAUAUUUGUUUUAUUUUUUUAUUUGAAGUCCAUUUAUUUUCUGAAUGUAAUGUGCAGCUGCACCGUUUAAAACAACCCACGUUUUUAAGAAUGUAUGCUAAUAGUAACAAUUUAAUUUAACACUCAGUGUUUUGAUUUUUGUGAUUGAAAAGGACUGUGAUUAUCUGUAAACAUCAGUUUUACCUGUGUCAUUAAGUUAUGCCUAAUAAAACUCCAAAUAACAUCUAA